CACCGGGAACGGCAGCAGCACUGGCAUCACCGGCACCGACGGCAGGACCGACACCGGCAGCAGCACCAGGAUCACCGGCAUCACCGGGACCACCAGCAGCACCGGGACCGCCAGAACCAGGACCACCGGCACCGGCGUCACCGGCAUCACCAGCAGCAGCGGGACCGACAGCAGCACCGGCUUCACCGGCAUCAGCACCACCGGCAGCACCGAGACCACCGGCAGCACCGGGAUCGGGACCACUGGCAUCACCAACAUCACUGGCAUUGCGGGCACCGGGACCCCCACACCGACACCGGGACCACCGGCAGCACCAGCACCAUCGCCCUGUCCCCAGCCUGGAGCAGAUGCUGGCCGCCAAUCCCGGGAAGACACCCAUCAGCCUCCUGCAGGAAUAUGGCACUCGCAUAGGCAAGACUCCCGGUUACGACCUCCUCAAGGCUGAAGGACAAGCCCACCAACCCAACUUCACCUUCCGUGUCACCGUUGGGGACAUCAGCUGCACCGGGCAGGGGCCCAGCAAGAAGGCAGCGAAGCACAAAGCGGCAGAGGUGGCCCUGAAGCUGCUGAAAGGGGGGGACAUGCUGGAAGCCACCACCCCCGAGGAGCCCAGCUCUCCUUUCCCCCCAGAGCCCCUGGCUGAGCCCGGUCCCCCCGCCGCACCCCCAGUACCCGCCGUGCCCCCUCUCUCACCCAGGGGAACCCCCCUGGAGAUGAAGACACCCGUGUCCCCCCCCCAGUCGGAGUGCAACCCUGUGGGGGCUCUGCAGGAGCUGGUGGUGCAGAAGGGUUGGCGCCUGCCCGAGUACACGGUGACGCAGGAGUCAGGGCCGGCGCAUCGGAAGGAGUUCACCAUGACCUGCCGCGUGGAACGCUUCGUGGAGAUCGGCAGUGGCACCUCCAAGAAGCUGGCAAAGCGCAACGCGGCUGCCAAGAUGCUCGUGCGGAUCCACAACGUCCCCAUGGAGCCGCGGGAGGGCAGCGAGGCCGAGGUGGAGGAGGACCAGUUCUCCAUGGCGGGCCCCCGGCUGGAGGGGCUGCGUGGCCGCGCUCCCGGCUGCACCUGGGAUUCGCUGCGCAACUCAGCAGGCGAGAAGAUGCUGCAGCUGCGGAGCCGCGCGCUGGCACCCAUGGGUGCCGGUGCCUGCGCGCUGCUGCAAGAGCUCUCCGAGGAGCAGAGCUUCGCCAUCAGCUACCUUGACAUCGACGCGCUGAGCCUCAGCGGGCUGCACCAGUGCCUGGUGGAGCUCUCGACGCAGCCGGCCACCGUGUGCCACGGCGCAGCCACCUCCCGCGACGACGCCCGCGCUCAGGCCGCUCGCAACGCCCUCCAGUACCUGCGCAUCAUGGCGGGAGGCAAGUGACCCUCCCCCGACCCACGGACAGACCGACAGACAGACCCACAGACACCCAGCCGGACCCACGGACUUCGCGGUGGGUGCCUGGCGCCACUGGGGGACACUUGGCCUCCCUCACGGACACCUGGACGGACGCACAGCCCCACUGAUGCACCGUGUGCGUGCUCGGAGCUGCUGACGGACAGACAGAUGGACGCAGCCCCCUGGACUCAGGGCUGGGGUCACCUCCCCCCCCCACCUCCAGCAAGGGGGGGCCCCGGGUGCCUGGGAAUAAAACCGGGGGGGGGUUGUAAGCUCG